AUGGCCCCCGUUAGGAGACACCGCGGUGCGACAAGACGAGCACGCGAGGACGGAACGGCGGACGCACCGUUCCGCGUCGAGUCCACCCCGCCAGCCAGCGACGACGAUGACGAUGACUACGACGACUACUCCGUGUCAGCACCCACCCCCAUGGUCGCAUCUAAGUUCAAAACGCGCACGAAAACCAAUACCUCUCGCUCCCGUCGCCGUCCAUCACGUCCCACAGUUGCAGUUACAGCGUCGCAGUCGCCUUCGCCUACCGUGUACUCCGAUUCUUCGUUGACAGUAUCCACUGUUGCAGUAGCGGACUGUGACACCAGCUAUGGUGCGAAGGCGAAAGGGACAACGUUGCCGGAGCCUAUAAUUGUGUGUGGGGUCGAACUGCAGCCGACUGUCGCGUUUGACACGUUCUGGCGCUUUGCCGCUGAGAGAAAGGCAAUUGAUGAUAGACGCCGUGCCGGGCAAAGUCCACCUUUCACAGAGGAUAAGAUCUUACGGGACUACUUCUUUUGUAACACAUACCGCGUCCUCGACAAGCUAUCUCAAUAUCUCAUCAAAGAGGUGAUAGAGAAAGGAUCGCAAGACCCAGAGGAGGUUGUGUUCCGCGUCCUGUUGUUUAACAGCUUCACCCGGAUCGAAACCUGGGAACUGCUCGACCGCGAACUUGGCCCGCUGACAUGGGCGACCUACGACCGUGACGCCUACAUGGUUGUGCUCGCCGCCGCAUCCGAGAGUGGUGCGAAGCUGUACACCGGUGCCUUCAUCAAGCCCGCUCCUCACUUCGGCUACGCGCACAACUACGCGAACCACCUUUGCCUGCUCGAGGCAUUCAUGAUUAACCAGCUUCACGCGCGUCUGCGCGCCGCACCGUACCUCGCGAACGUGUAUGAGUACAUUAUCGCAUUUCCGAGCAUGGGUGCGUUCUCAACGUACCAGCUCAUCCUUAGCUUGUCGUACACCAAAGUGCUCAACUUCCAUCCCGGCGAUCUCGUUGUGUCUGGUCCCGGGUCUGAGUCGGGUCUGAACAAGCUUUUCGGAGCGCGUGCCAUGGCACGCGGUCGCGCGCAAAUGGGGGAUGAGUUUGAAGCGGAGGUGAUACGCUACCUCGCAGCGUCACAGGCUUAUCACUUUCAGAGACUGGGUUUGGAGUUUAGCGGGCUUGGGCCGAAGCGUCUCCCCAUGACGGUCGUGGACAUCGAGCACACAUUGUGCGAAGUAGACAAAUAUUGCCGGGUCGCCCACCCGCAGCUUAAGGGCAAGCGGACUAAUUUACAUCGCACGUUCCGCCCGUCAUCAGUUGGCGCGGAGGGUGCGGAUGCCGGGCGGUCUUGGGCGCUCCCUAAGGCAGUAUUGCCCAAGGCGUGGGCGGACCCGCGGCGGCGUACAUCGCGCAUCCGUGAAGACCGUACGCUACAUGUGGAGAAACGUUACGAGAUCGAAUCGUUGCGGGACCAUCGCGAGGCGCCUAACGGGCAGGAGCGGCAGUUUCUGGUGUACUGGGUCGGAUACCCACCGAGCGAGGCGACAUGGGAGUUUGAGUCGUCGCUGGCGCAUGAUGCACCGCUCGUAGUGGCACAGUAUCGCCAGGCGCAUGGGCUGCCUAAGCGGGUGGACGCGCCCGACGCUUGA